GUACAAUGCGAAGAACAUCAUGGGUCACGUCUGACGUUGGAUCAACUAGAUACGUUGCUACAUUUAUAAACUAGCUAUAUAUAUUUUUUUUUAAUCACAGACAUGACACGUUAACUCUGCACUUUUCAUAUUUUGUACUGUUAGCUAGACAUAUUUGACUACAUUGUUUAGCGUCAUCUGAAAGAAAGAAAUCAUGACUGCCAACGAGGAUCAAGAGAUGGAGUUAGAAGCCCUCCGUUCGAUAUACGAGGGGGACGAGUGCUUCAAGGAAGUCAGUCCGGUUUCAUUUCAGUUUAGGAUAGGAGAACACGAUGACUCCAAGGCGUUCAUUCUGGAUAUUUCAUGGCCUGCGAUGUAUCCUGAAACGCCACCUGAAAUUUCUCUAGAUGGCUUUUUCAACAAAAAAAUAUCUUCAGAGACCAAGCAGCUGAUCAUCUCUGGGUUGGAGGAGCAGGUGGAGGCCAACCUGGGCACUGCCAUGAUGUACACCCUGUUCGAGUGGGCCAAAGACAACCAGGAAGCUCUGAUGGAGAACCACCAAGCCGUGGUCACUACCGUGACACUGACAUCCAACAGUGACCUCAACGCCCCAGCCAAGAAGAAAGAGAAGAGGGAACAGCUGACCAAAUCACAGAAGAGGAAGAUCACAUGUAGAACUGAUAACAAGGGGGAACUCCCCAGAGGCUGGGACUGGGUCGACGUUAUCAAGGUAUAUUGGUUCAGUCAGUUCACGGCAGUUGAUUUUGUGUCGACUAUUUUUGUUGUCCUGUCUGAUGUAAAAAAAAAUAUAUAUAUAUAUAUUUCAUAAGACACCCUUGCUAUUGAUAGCACCCUUGCUAUUGAUAGCACCCUUGCUAUUGAUAGCACCCUUGCUAUUGAUAGCACCCUUGCUAUUGAUAGCACCCUUGCUGCCGCUAGCACCCGUGUUGCCGCUAGCACCCGUGUUGCCAAAAGCACCCGUGUUGCCAAAAGCACCCGUGUUGCCAAAAGCACCCGUGUUGCCAAAAGCACCUUUGUUCAACAUUUUAAUUUCUCUCCUUUCUUGCAUCUUCAACUUGUUGAACGUGACACUCCAUCCAGCAUUUGAGCAGAACAGGCGGUAAAGAGGAAGACUAGAAUGCCGUGGAGGAGGUGGAGAGAGGUCUCUGGUACUGCUUUUACCAGGAAGUGAAGUCUCCCGACCUCACUCAGACCACCUGACCCUGGCCGCUGCUCCGUAGACUCCUUCCAGUCUGCCCCAAGACGCCACAACCAAGACGGCCGCUUUUUCUCUCCAAGGGAAGACGGGGUCCUCUACACCUGAACACAAUCAAUAGUUGUCAAAGCUGUCGUUUUGAGAGGGCGUCACACAUACAGGUGGUUUAGUGUCAUAUCGGAAGGAGUUUAAAAUGUGGCUUUUUUUUAUUUUUAUGAACUGUUUUCAUUUGCUUGGAGGAGAGCCCAAAUGUGUGACUAAUUUUGGUUUUAAACGUGGUGAUGACGGUGGAUUGCAGUGUGAGCUGCAUUGAAACAACGAAAGCUUGUACGGGUGUGUGCUGGUAUUUGUGCCGUCGGAAUAGGUCGAGGUGAGUGAAUGGUGAAGGGGUGGCAGUGUCAUCUGUUUUCACUAGUACUGCAUGCUUGUCAAAGUGGAAUGAUCUGGACCUCUUGUUACCAUGAGCCAGACUUCCAUGUACUGUCAUCACUGCCAGGGAAUUGAAAAUCUGUCCACUUUGAGACCGGUUCAGUUGCUAGGCAUCAAGAGCUGUAAAACGUGCUUUACCAGGACUGUCAACGUAUGGCUGUGUGACUUUAGGAUCCUCGGUGUAUCUGAUGUACAGUGGUGUGGAACAUAAACUCAACAUGUUACGAAGGACACGACUGAAUAUGCGAUAUUGUGUCCCUUUAAUUUAGAGAUGUGCUGGAGAAUUUUUUUUUUUUUUUUAAUAAAAAAUGAUUAUUAUGA